UGUUCUCUCCUUGCUUCCUCCACAGACAGAAGAGAGAAGAGAGAGAGAGAGAGGGAGAGGGAGAGGGAGGGGAGGGAGUCCGAGAAAGCUCGCCAGGCAGAACGCGAAUGGACGCUUCGAUCCGGGACGCUCUCCUCGUCGCUCCCGAGGAAAUGUCUUGAAGGGAACGAGAAACUCGCUCUUGCUGGUUUGCUUGUCUGUGGAGGAGGUUCCUGGUUGCAGCAGCACGUUGCCUUGGUAUUUAAAAGCUGUUUGGAGGUGGGGGGUUUCAUGGGUUGAACUCAGAGAACAAUGGGGAGUUUCGGGGAAGAGGAAGAUUAUCAAUUUUUCGAUGCCCACGAAGAGAUUUCAUCCGUAGACAAUGUACAUGGUGAUUGCUUUCGUGGAGUCGAGAUUGCUUGUUCUCGUCAUUCCCCUGCUGCCUGUGUCCCUGCAACUUUCACGUCUGAUGUUUGGAUGCAUCGCCCCUGCAGUGUAGAGGAGCGGCGGACUAAAUUCUUGAACUGGAUGGGUGUCCGUUCGGAUUUCGAUGGGUGUCAAAGUUCAGCAGAUGUAGGUAUGGAUCCGCCGAUGGAUGAUAGAGUUAGAGGGAGUAGUGGGGCCAUGUUGAGGAACUCUGGUUUCAAGGAUGAGCUUUGUUCCAGUGGAUCUUCAGAGUCGUCUUUGUCUAGUGAUAAUUCAGAAUGGGCAAGAGAGUUAGUUAUGGAGGAGAAAAAUUUUGUAUGUAGAGCAGGGAAUGGGGAUGGAGCAAGGGAAGCUGAUGUAGAUGAUCUAGAUGUCAAGAUGAGCGAAGGUCAGGAUAUGGGUUCAAAUUGGUUAAAUAGGGUGAAAGAGACUGAGAGCCAAACCAGUUCAUCUCCACUAGCAAACCAAUUCGAGGAGAGUGAACCUGCAGAAGUGAAUGGCACGAAGGAGGUUAAGAAGAAACUUAGAAAGAGGUGGCUUACCAAAUUGCGUUCCAUGACUUGUGUCAUGGAUAGGCAGGUAGAAGUGUGCUCCAGCAAAAAUGAUGCAUUAGAAGGUCUGAGAGUUCGGAGGGUGAAGGUUCGGCAUUGCAGGAAACGAUUGAAGGAAUUGUCAGCAUUGUUCAAUGGGCAAGACUUUCAGGCUCACAGCGGUAAAAUUUCAAAGAUGAAAUUCAGUCCUGAUGGGCAGUUCCUUGCAAGUGCCGGUGAGGACAGGUUCGUGAAAAUAUGGCAAGUGGUGGAGGAUGACAGAUCUGAUGAUCUAGACAUUCCUGAAAUAGACCCAUCAUGUGUAUAUUUCACUGUGAAUCAUGUCUCUGAAUUAAGUCCACUCUAUGCUGAGAAAGAGAAAAUGGGCAAACCAAGCAGUUUGAGGAAGACAUCAGACUCCGCCUGUGUCAUUUUCCCUCCAAAAGUUUUCCGGAUUCUGGAGAAGCCAUUACAUGUGUUCCGGGGUCACCAAGGCGAAAUAUUGGACCUGUCGUGGUCGAUCGAUAAUCAUCUGCUUUCCUCUUCCAUGGACAAUACCGUUCGUCUGUGGCAAGUAGGGUCUGACAACUGCCUCGGAGUCUUUAAGCAUACAAAUUAUGUAACUGGUGUUCAAUUCAAUCCUGUGGACAAUAACUACUUCAUCAGUGGUUCAGUAGAUGGAAAAGUGCGCAUAUGGGCAGUUCAUGAUUGCCAAGUUGUCGACUGGACUGAUGUUAGAGGAAUCGUGACUGCUGUUUCCUAUCGCCCGGAUGGACAGGGGAUGAUUGUUGGGUGCAUGUCGGGACAUUGCCGCUUUUACAGCGUGUCAGAUAGUCAUUUACAGCUGGAGGAUGGUAUAUUUUUGUGCAGUAAGAAGAAGUCACUUUGUAAAAGGAUAACGGGGUUUGAGGUUUUCCCGCAUGAUUCAAGCAAGGUAAUGGUUACCUCCGCGGAUUCACAGAUAAGAAUUCUAGACGGGAUUAAUGUGAUCAGCAGAUACAGAGGUUGCCGUGGUGCUGGUAAUCAAAACUUUGCAUCUUUGACGUCAGAUGGGAAGCAUAUUGUUUCAGCAUCUGAGGACUCAAGUGUAUAUAUAUGGAAUUGCCUUGAUCAAAAAGGGUCUAUACCUUCUGAGGCGAAAGUCAUCAGAUCCUGUGAACGUUUCUCCUCUAAUGCAUCAGUGGCAAUACCAUGGUGUGGGUUCAAGCGCAGGAAUUCACCCGAUGGAUUGAAGUUGGAUGAUUUGGGUACGAAGUCACUGGAAGCUCUCUCUUCUUCACCAGCGUGUUUCUACCAGGGCCAUGAAUUUUUAUUGGAGUCUUUUCCCAAGGGCUCCGCCACUUGGCCUGAGGAGAAGCUUCCCACUUCUAGCCCAUGGCCAUCAUCACAUGCUAUGCACAAAACGCAGUACAAGUUUCUGAGGACUUCUUGCCAGAGCACAUCCAAUGCCCACGCAUGGGGAUUAGUUAUUGUGACCGCUGGUUGGGAUGGAAGGAUCAGAUCUUUUCUCAAUUAUGGAUUGCCCGUCCCUUGUUGAGAUAUUGAGCAGCUUAUCUAAUCCCUCAAAGCAUUAUGAUUAGCCCUUAAAUUGGCUUGUUCAUGUCCAUGGUCUAUCUCUGGUAGACAAUGCCUUGUUCUGCACGUUCAAAUGAUUGGUGUCAGCUGGUUCAGGUUCAGGACUCAAUUGAGCACAUUUUCAGUGUAUAGUAAUCCCAGUUGGCUACGACAGGUGGCAAUAAUUCAGUGGUUGGCACUCAUAAUCAAGCUGGGAAUCUGCAAGUGGUCGAGGUGGGCUACUUGGAUCGCUUGGUUAAUUCACUAUUCUUUUGAUUCAUUAAUCUGAAAGGUCAAGUCCAUGUGGCCCUGAAAAGACGUGCAAAUUCCAAGUACUGCAUUCCAGGAGCCAUCUCCAGAUAUCGUUGGGUUAUUAUGGAUGGAUGUGCUUGAAUUGUGGGGGCCUAAAUUAGGAUCUCUUCCUCAUGUAUGCCCCUUUAAAGAAGAUUGAGAUAGGGCAUAUCCUGAUCUGUGGUUGGAGUUGACUCUCGAAAGAAAAUGGUGGGGGAGGUUCACCAUGAUCUCAUGCUGGCUGGUCUGAUUGAUUGAAACAAUUGUCUGCCAUUUCAGUCAGUUUUCAGCGUAGGGUCAACUGCACCGGAUCUUGUCCAGAAAUGGGGUCGCUGGCUCGUCUCAGAGUCGAAGUGCUUAUAUCUUGGGCCAUGCUCGGACAGAUUAACUUCUUGGUUUAGGCAAGCAGAGGACCGGACAUCCAUCGCCACACAAGCUCCAAAAUGAGCUGGUGCUUUGGCUAACUUAAAUCGAGGAUGUAUGUUCUCUUAGAUAGUUCCAAGUACAUAGAAUUUUUUUUUUCCUUUUUCCUAUUCCGGUAAGUAAAGGGGGAAUAUCUUCCUGUGUAGCUUACUUCCCGGCGUAAUUCACAUGUAGCUAGUAAAAAAUUUUGUGCAGUGAAGAAGGAUUGUACAUGCUUGUACCUUUAGAGGUGAAAGAAAAUGAGUUUCAGCAAUUUUUCUGCUAAA